AUGUCUCCAGUUAGGAAACCAACAACUGACUCUUUCAGCCCAGAAACCCCGAAGUUCGUCCUUUCCUACAUGAUCGCCAGAACCAGCCGCUGGCACCUGGAUUUCCUCUUCCAAACCUUUCUAUAUGACAAAGCCGCCGAGAAAAUACUUGACGUUAAAUUCCGUCGCCGAGCCAUUUCUUGGGACCUUAACGCCAUCCACCACCUGAGAAGAUGUCUCGGGGCGUGGGUGGAAGAUCAAGUCCCAGGCGAUGCGAUUGGUGCGUUCCUUGUGCACAUUUUGUACGAGCAAGACUAUCACCUCGAUUAUCGGCUCACCAAAAUGGUGAGGGAGCAUCAAACCCAGCUCUAUAUCGCCCAGCAUGUAUUGGCUUUCUACCAAAUCCGAGACGAGGCUGGCAAUUCCCUGUGGGACAAGGUGGCGGUGCAUCCAGACGAUGAUGCUGCGGGGACAGAUCCCGGAACAACGAACGAGCUGCUACCUCGCAUCCCAGCCGCAGAGGCAGCCGAUUUAAGAUGGCCCUCGUUCUUGGACGGACUCAACGACGAAGAACUGGACGAGAUCACAAACAAGCUGGGCGAGAAUGGCGAGCUGGUGGACGAGGCAAGCGUGUCUCCUUUGUUCUCCGGCGUCAGCGAGAAGGAUAUGCAUAUCAUCCAGUCCUUCCGCCGGUUCAACAUCCACAGCAAUGACUGUUUGGAUGAGUUCCCUCGACCUUAUGAAGUCAUUGAUGCCAUGGAGAAUAUUCUCCAGCAACAAAAUAAAAAGCUCCUUCCCAUCUACCCCAGUCGCAAACCUCUCCCAACUUCCACAAUUAAACGAAGCUUGCCCCGUAUUCCGGUCGAGAAACCCCUCCCCCACCCACCUGUCGAAAGUUUCAGGGUUUUGCUUUCUCAGACUGUGCGUGUGCGGACCUUCAAUGCGGAAAAGAAGUCGAAACUUCGAUUCAAACAAGACACGAAGCCGGGUAUGGAGAUGAACGCUGACAAUGUACAGAAGAAGACUCACCCGACUUCGUCAGCGCCUCGUCCAAUUGCCCCUGCUUGUUUGGAUAAGGCCCUUCCUCCUACCCCCUCGGAUCCCGAUUUUGGUUCUGGUCCCUGGAAUUACAGCAACCCUGCGCCUCGUCCUGCGCUUAAGAGGAAGGGAGGAGUCGAGGACUUGCGUAGUGCUUUUCAGAAACUGUAG